CUGCCUGAACAUUACAAAAAUUAAUUUUUUUAUAGACCAGCCUUUCAAUCAAUUUCUGGAGAUGGGUUAUCUUGCUUUCCUUUUGGCUAUUCUUCAUGCAUACAAAGCUCUGAGUGAAGAGAUAUUUUGGGACACCACUGUUAGACUGGCUGAGAAUAUGACUCUAGAAUGCGUGUAUCCAUCUGCAGACACCUUAACACAGAUGGAGUGGUUCAAGGUCACUUCAGUGGAGAAAGAGGCUAUAGCUAUUUUCAGCCCUACUCACGGUGUGGUCAUCAGAACGCCCUACGCUGACAGGGUGUCCUUUGUGAAUUCCUCGAUGGCCCCCAAUGAUAUCAGCCUUUCUUUUCAUAAUGUCUCCGAAGCUGAUGUUGGCUACUAUUCCUGCUUCCUUCAUACUUUCCCACAGGGAACUUGGCAAAAGGUGAUUCAGGUGGUUCAGUCAGAUAGUUUUGAGAUAGCUGAGCCAUUGAUUAGCCACAUAGUCUCAGAACCGGGAGAAAACGUCACACUCACCUGUCAGCUUCAAAUGAAGUGGUCCGUGCAGCAGGUUACCUGGGAGAAGAUCCAGCCCCGUCAGAUCGACCGCUUGACUUGCUGCAAUUUCCUCCAAGGCAGAAAUUACACCUCAAAGUACCGAAGACAAGUAUCAACCACCUGCACGCAGGGAAGCAGGAGGAGUUUCAUCAUCAUUCCCAACGUCACAGCCUCCGACUCGGGACUUUACCGCUGCUGUUUCCAGGCCAGCACAGGAGAGAAUGACACCUUGGUGAUGAGAUUGACCAUCACGGCUGGUAGAACCAGUAGCCGAUACAUCCCCUUCCUGGCUGGAGGGAUGGCUUUACUGCUGCUGCUCGUUAUCCUAAUCACCACCACUGUUACUGUCAUCUCUUGUAACAGAAGGAGGGAGAGACACAAAAGAGACCUAUUUGCAGAGUCCUGGGACACACAGAUAAAGGCACCCAGCAACUGUAGAAGUCCCAUCUCUGCCAGUCUACCCACAGAUGAUGCAAGAGAGGAUGUUUAUGUGAACUACCCAACUUUCUCUCACAGGCCAAAGACUAGAGUCUAAGCUCUCUAAAUUAUGUGAGCAAAUUAACAAUGACGAUUAUGUGCCUGGAAUUUUAUACAGUUUCUUCCCACUAUCUGGUGUCUACCUUUGAUACAAUUUUGAGUGAAUUUAUUUCAUUUGGUAGGAAAAAUCUGGAAUUACCUAGAGAACAUUCUUAACAGAAAUGUUUUGGAAAACAUAACCCUCGUUAGCUCAUGCAUAAAAGGAAACUUAACUGAAUCACGUAAUGGAACAAUCUAGGGGAGAUUAAGCUUUAGACAAGGCUAUUUACCAGGGCUUAAAUGUUGUGUCUAGAAUUAAGUAUGGGAAUAAACGGUUUCUGGAUCCCCCUCCAUAGGGCUGGAGCCACAUUCCUGGUGUUGGCCUGACUCUCACGCGAGCUUUCCCCUCAUGUUGUGAAGAUGGCUGCCAAUAACUCUUGGCAAUUUGUGCAUCCUCAUUUCUAUCUGGUACAGAGAUUGAUUGAAGCAAACAAUUUUGGUUAUUUUUCUGUGAUAAAACAGGCACUAUGGCCAAAAAAGAUAAAAUGGCUUAAGUCAAUUAAGGGUUCUCCUAUAGACCUCGGGGUGGGGUCGAAGCACAGAGAGGUGUCAUCAGAAGAGGGAAGAGGAACUUGGAGCUGGGGAGGUUAUACCAAAUGUUGAAUGCCAUGAUGUUCCAAGACAUCGCUUGUUAAUCGACUAAAAAGUGAACAUACAUGGGUUCUAGAAGGACGAGAUCCCUGACACCACUUCUAAAAUCUGGUAUCUCAUCAUAGUUCAGAGAGUGCCUGGUAAUACAUGAAAUGAAUAGCUGAGAAAAAGAUAAAAGUGACAGGGAAAUCUCUUUCCUUACUGAUCUCAAAUAUAUCCUCUGAUUCUGUGUACAAUUCUUGCCACCAUUGCAGGCCUAGCAUCACGAGCAACUAUAAUACACAAUCCAAUAAGAAAUAACUUUAUGUUUUUGACAUUGAUUUUCUCCACUUUUGAGAAUUAAAUACAUAAAUUCUCUCAAAAAGAUCGGGUACCUAGGCAUUGUUAAUUUUCUAAAAAGAUGAUCAUGCAAAACUUGAAUACACAAAAAGAAUAAUUAGAAGUGGUAGUACAGGGUUGUAGGUAGAUGUUUGAGAGAGGAUAGAGUAUUGGAAGGGCUCAAGCAAGGAAGGGAAGGAACAAAAAAAGACAGAAAGGAACACUUUUCCUGCUUCACAAUUCAGACAAAGACUGCCCCAGUGAUAUCACCAAUAGUGAAAGCAAUUAGAGUGAUACCCCAUAUUGUAUGACUUCUCCAUCUAGACAGGUAAUGAAAAGUAUUUGUCAUGGUCAUCUUGAAAUCACGGCAGUCAUUAAAAACAGUGAUCAGUCAUGUCUAAAAGAGUCAUUACUUAUCUCUAAGCAUCUCUAAGAGACCACCAUCAUUAAAAAGUUCAUUACCAAGGCUAUAUUUAGAUGUCAAAGUUAUAGAUUUCAGGAUCAUCGUAAGUAAAACAAAUCCAAAUUCUCAUGUUUUCUAGACAGACUCUAAGUUAUAAUUUAAUUUUAAACUAAUCAGUGGAUAUUUUAUG